AUAUAUUUGCUCCUUUAAAGUCAAUCUAACCAUAAAUCCUUGUGAAUUGAGAGGGAAGAUGGCAUUUACAAUAGUAUUGAUGAUGAUUGCAACACUAAUGUGUUGCACCAAUAACACGGUAGCCUCAGCUUGGGAUGAACCAGCAGAAGUCAUUCACGUGAGUGGAAAAGUGAUGUGCCAGGAUUGUAGCCAGGGCUGGAAUGAAUGGGUUAAUAGUCAUAAGCCAAUCAAAGGAGCUAAGGUGUCCCUGACUUGUUUGGACAAGAGAAAGAGGGUUGUGUAUUAUACAAGUGAUACAACAGAUGAGUUAGGACAAUACGACAUGGCAGUGAACAACUAUAUCUACGGCAAAGAAUUGGAUACAAAAGAAUGCUAUGUGAGGUUAGUGUCAUCUCCUGAUAAUGUUUGCAACAUUCUCACUGAUUUUGGUGGUGGAAAAUCUGGCUUCAAGCUCAACAACCCAACAUCAGUGUAUCGCGGUUUGAUCAAAUAUGUGCCUAACCCUUUUUAUUAUACAACUCCUAUGUGUGAUAUGCCUGACACUGAUACCUCUUAUUCUGACUCCAAAUAUUCUCAAGGAAAGGGACAAGGAGGUUAUUAGUAAUGGGAAUAUUCUCUUUUGGCUUCAAUGUUUAUGAAAGUGUUCCCCUUUUCAUUUUAUUUAUUAAUUUCUGUAUCAAAGUGUAUCCACUUCAAAUUUGAGGAAAAAUGUUCACAAGUAGUGUUCCUUCUUAUAAAUGUAUGUUGAAUAGUUUUUUUUCCUA